AUGAGCGGAGCACUUUCGUCUUUAUCUAAUCGUCAAUUAUUGAGUCCUGAUCAAAAAGCACUAAAAACUAAAGAUGAUCCUGCAACUUAUGGUGAUUUCUAUCGUGCUUCAUCAGCUGUAUCAACAAAUGAUAUUAAUUUUCCAAAAGUUCUCGGUAAAACAGAUCAAGUAGGAGAAGAAACAUUGUAUCAAGUUGAAAUUUCAAAUGAACCAUUAUUACGAAAAACACUUCGAUCAGAAUUAGCUAGUAAAAAAAAAUGUUUAACACGACGAUGGCAAACAGCUUUAGCUACAGGUUUAUUUCUAGCAGGAAUGAUUGCUGGAAUUGCUGGUCUUGCUUAUUAUUUAUCUGUGCCACAAACAAUUACAGCACCAUUUUUACUUUAUGGCGAAUCAUGUUAUAUGAAUUCUCGUUCAUGUGAUGCCUCACGAUUACUUUGGUGUCCUGCUGGUGUAUGUUUAUGUACAGGAAAUUUUCAAUGGAAUUCAACAAUAGAAAAUUGUACAUGUGGUUCAUAUUCAAGUUUUAAUGGUUUUGAAUGUCAAGGAUUGGGUUAUUAUGGUGAUCCUUGUACUUAUGUACAAUGUCGACCAACAUUAACAUGUACUGCAGCUCUUAAUACAACAUAUACAACUGGCCAAUCCAUAUGUGUAUGUGAUAAUUCUACAUAUCUUGACACAGUAAAUAACGCGACCAAAGGCACAUGUGUAACUAAAUUGGGAUAUAAUUCAACUUGUUUAACAGAAGAUGAUUGUAAAGAUUGGUUGGGUCUUUAUUGUAUUGAUUCAACAGGAACUCCUAGGUGUGAAUGCGAUACAUCAACAUCAUAUUGGGAUUCAUCUGCAGGACUAUGUCAACGAAAGGUACUUGGUUGGGAUCCAUGUAAUGCUACAGUUCCAUGUGAUACAUCGAAAGGUCUUACAUGUGUAGCAGGUCUUUGUGAAUGUGAUGCAUAUAGUUAUUGGGACAAUGUAACAACAAUAAAUUGUCAAACAUUGAAAACAUAUGGGAUUAGUUGUCAAUAUGAUUUUCAAUGUAAUCAGACUGUAAGUCUGUCAUGUCCAGCAGUAUUAACAGGUUGUAGUUGUCCUAUACAAUCACAAAACUAUAUAUGCGAUUGUCAACUUGGUAAUUUUUGGGAUGGCCUUCGAUGUACACCUACACAUUCAUAUAAUGGAACAUGUGAUUUUCAAAAUGCUUGUACAACUGCAGGGAAUUUUGUUUGUUAUUUAGGACAUUGUAUAUGUCCAACUGGUACAACAUGGAACAAUGCGACUCAAUGUGUGUAA